CACUUUCUUUUUAGAUGUUCUCGCUGUUCAUAGUGUUCAGUUCAGGUGAUGCCAGAGCACGUCUGUCGAUAAACAGAAGAUUUUGGUGCUACUUUAUUUUGCAUGACAUAAAAGACAACCACAUAAGGGCAAAAGAAACAGCCAGAAAGGAGUUUCUAUGGAAAAUAAUCGCUGUGGUUGAAGAGCUUGGCUUUGUAUCUUUGAUUUAGGAUUUUGUUGGAGCGCUUGGCAUAUUUGACCAUGGCACCACAUCCUGUGGUUCAGGCAAUAAUAGACCUCUCUGCUGGGGCUAUAGGGGGCACAGCUUGUGUAUUUAGUGGUCAACCUUUGGACACGGCUAAGGUGAAAAUGCAGACGUUCCCCAGUUUAUACAGAGGCUUUGUGCACUGCUUUGUGUCUACAUACAGACAGGUGGGCCUUCGAGGGUUGUAUCAAGGUACCACACCGGCCCUCAUGGCCAACAUUGCAGAGAACUCAGUGCUCUUCAUGUGCUAUGGCUUUUGCCAAGAGGUGGUCCGCUUCGUCUCUGGUCAGGAGAAAGGGGCUGUGCUCAGUGACGUGCAGAAAGCGUGCGCAGGCUCCGUGGCCUCAGUUUUCUCCUCUCUGGUCUUGUGUCCCACUGAGCUGGUGAAGUGCCGAUUGCAGGCUAUGCAUGAGAUGACCACUUCUGGCAAGAUCACCCACAGUCAGAACACAGUUUGGUCAGUGAUAAAGUCCAUUAUGCAUAAUGAUGGUCCAGCAGGGUUCUUCCAGGGUUUAACCACUACAAUUGCCCGUGAGGUGCCUGGAUAUUUCUGUUUCUUUGGAGCUUAUGAGCUCUGUCGCUCUCUCUUUGCUGAGUACAUGCACUGUGGCAAGGAUGACAUAGGUGUAGCCUCUACUGUGUUCAGUGGAGGUUUGGGGGGAGCUUGUCUCUGGCUUGUGGUUUACCCUAUGGACUGUGUUAAAUCCAGGAUACAGGUCAUGUCUAUGACAGGCAAGCAGUCAGGCUUCUUCAAGACUUUCAUGCAUAUCUUCAGAACAGAAGGUGUGAGGGCUCUAUAUUCUGGUCUGACUCCCACAAUGAUCCGCACAUUUCCGGCCAACGGUGCUCUGUUCUUAGGUUAUGAAGCCAGCCGCAAAAUCAUGAUGGCACAAUUUGACAGCUAACCCCUAAACAUCAAGCGUUAUUUUCUCUAGUUGUUUUUUUUAAAUCAUUUUUAAAUGAACUACUUAGAAUUCACCAUGGCCAGUCUAUAGUAUUUCAUUCAACAUGCCAUGGUUUGCACACACUAACGCACAUUUAUAUAAUAAUGCUAAGUUUUAUUUAUACACUUUAACACUUUACAGUUUUAGUUAAUGCAUUAGGUAUUAUUAACUAUCAGUGAACAAUGGUACUUAAAGGAUUUAUUGAUAUAGGUUGGUGUACAAAUAUACUAUUGUUAAUUCAUUUGUUCGUAAUUGUUGUUAUGAACACUAGUCCCAUCACUCCCUCAUGCCUACAAUUUACAUUUGUAACCAUGAACUAUAUAUUUUCAGUGAACAAUGUGGAAUGAACUAUAACUAUGCAAUUACGUUUUGAAUGCUGUUUUCUUGAACACUUAUAGACAAAAGGAACAUUUGCGAUUAAACCUGAAUGACCCGACUGCCAACUGUCUAUCUAAACCUAGUUUUAGAUAUACACCAAAUUUGUUCGAUCAAUAUAACUGCAAGUUUUGUAUUCUGUUGUUUGGAUUUUAUGUUAUUAAAUUAUUCAUAAAAAAAAAA